GAGCGUCGUCGUAGCCGGGGCGAACCCCAGAGCCACAGACAGGGCCAGCGAGAAAGGUCGUCGUCGUCUUACAGGGCGCACUUCGCGCUUGCGCUGCUCACUCUUGUUCGAAGCACUCAAGCGCCUUCCCCCCCUCUGCUGCUCAGACAUAAGAGCUACCCGGUCCCCCUGCAUUGUCCGCAGUGGAGGUUUCCUAAACUCAUCAAGCUCUCAGAACGUCGCGUGGAUUACUUAAUCCAACCUCACCUUUCAAUUCCAUCUCCAUUACCAUUUCACCAUCUCAUCACUGUCAAGCAAGGCACUCUGCCUGUCUGCAAGCAACCAGUGAGACUGACGAAGUCAGAGAGAGAGAGAGAGAGACACUCAGAGAGGGAGCGAGACACAGAGAGACUCAGAGAGAGAAAGAGAGAGGAGUCAGGAGUUUCAGAGAGUGUUUUAGCGGACAGGAUUUCUGAUCUUGGCGAUCGGAUCGUCGAGGCUUUUGCGUGUUUUUCGUGCGAUUUGUGUGUAAACCGUAGUCGGAUCAGAGCGGUCGGAGAGAAAUUCUAGACGAGGAGGGUGUGCAUCGGCGUUAGUCCGGUUCGGGGAAGGACGGAGUGCACGACGACAUUGGCGGACGAUUUGGCAUCUGGCAUUUUUUGGGUCUGAGUGCAGGAGUUCGAAUUGGAGGCGAUUCGUGCGGAAGGUGGUCGAUGGGAUUUCCUGGCGUGUACGGGGUCAUGUUUCCGGUGAUGGUCUUCAAGGCCGCGCUGUCGCUGGUGGUGCUCAAGGAGACGGCGUGCUCGGUGUUUAAUCUGCUGCUAGGUCGGGGAUGGCAGCAUCCCGUGUCGAGAGUAGUGGUAGGAUCGAGCGAUUGGGUGCACAACGAGGACGGCGUGUCCGGAUCAGGGCUGGAGUCGAGGGACUCGCUAGUGGAGGACAUCAGGUCUCGAUUGCCCUCCGUGCAAUUUCAGGAAAUCUCCAGUAGGUUUGGCGACGAGGAGGAGCACCAGUGCUCGGUGUGCCUGUGCGAUUUCGAACCCCAGGAGGAGGUCCUGCAGCUGCCGCAGUGCUCGCAUAUUUUCCACAAGGAUUGCCUCGACAGAUGGCUGGGGCACGGGCAGACCACCUGUCCGCUCUGCCGCUCCACCCUCGCCUCCGAGGAGCUGCUGGAGAAGCGCAGGUACGAGAUGCAGAUCGAUGCGGAGCUCGCCUCGGAAUUCGCGCUAUGGUUCUCCAUGUACCAUCCGGAGGGCGGCCGCGGCCACUGGUGGCAAGCGUAUCUGCAGGGAAUUCCCGACGUGCUCAGCGGCGUACAUUGAUGCAUUGCGCUCUCGUAAUUAUUGCUCGUUCCUGACGAUGACGACGACGACGACGACGACCGAUGGCAGAGCAGAGCAGGCGCUCUCUCUUAAUCUCUCUCUGCCCGUCGACAAAUGUGGCCUGGCCGGGGCGUCGAGACCUUUCUCUCCGACGAUUGCAUCUCGCCGAACCCUUCGGGGCGUUCCGGAUCAUCCUUUUGCCGCCACUAAGUACAUACAUUCAUUCUUCCGGUUUGGCCUACGAGUACGUCUGUCUUCGAUCCGCAUGCUUCAUCUUCCAUAGCCUCGUCGCGGCCACGAAGCGAAGCAUGCGCCCUUAUAGGUUGUGUAAGUAACAUCGAGCACAGACAGAAUGCCGCAUGCCCGCAGGCGCAGAGAUUUUUAUUCGUCAAGGACUCCGAUGGCACACGACGUCCGCCAUCGGAGCCCUACCUUCAAGGAACUGCGGCGGCAUCGAGACGUGCAAUGCUCUUGCUGAUGCUUCGGGAUGUUUCUCGGCAGGCGAUAGAUGUGAACCACUCAGUCAGCUUAAUCAAAUAUUAACAGGAGAGGAGAGGAGAAAGUGAGGCGCGGCCAAUUGCGUCGAGCUUCGGAGCAAUGCGCCGCGAGCCGGAGAGCAGAGCAGAGAGGAGACGAGGAGGAUUGAUGCUGCGGAGGUGCUUUCUUUCAUUCCACCACCUUCUUCACUCGCCGCGCGAUCGAUUCGAUUCCUCGAUCGCAGACGCUGUAGGAAAAAAUUGCCCCUCCCGUCUGCCGACAGCGAGGGAGCGAUUGAGCGAGCGAGAUGGCCGGGCGGAGCGGAGCGGAGAGCACGGACGCAUUUGUGAGUUCAAUCCGACCGAUUGUCAAUAAUCAAGCCCUUUGUCACGAAAAACAUAAUUUAGUUGAAUCGUAAACAAACCUCACCUGCAAGUGGUACAUACGGGACGAGGUACCCUUCUAGAUGAUCGAGAGAGAGAGAGAGAAGACAGUGAUAGACAGACACAGACACAGACAGUUUUAAAGCACACGCGGCGUUUUUGAAAAUCCGCGAUGAAUCUAGGGAAUCAGGUGCUUCGGUUCCUGUUGGAGAAGCGAUGGAGCCUCGCCUCGCCUCUCCUCGCCGAUCACCUCGACCCUUUACGAGGAGGAGGACGAGCAGGCGAGCUGCAAUUUGGCCAAUUUUGUUUCGUUUGAGAACAAUGGAAAGUAUUUGGAGUGUAGCCCCGCCCCGCCUGAUAGCUUGCUAGCUAUCUAUUAGCAGCAGUAGCAGAAGAAGAAGAAGAUGAAGAAGAUUGCACAGCCUCGAGACUUUGUGAACUAAGUAACUACCGUAGGCAGAAAUAGCUUUGAAUAUGUAUCAUGUCGGUCGAUGAUGGGGGAGGGAAUCCCGUCGUCUUCCUCCUCGCAGGAAGAGAGACCUGCCUUUGCUUCAAGAAAAGAGUUCCAUUUUCGGUUCCACAUGGUUCGUGCGUUUGGUGC